AUGGAGGCGUAUCGGUUCGGCUUCAACCUGCCGCCGGCGAACAAGUUCGACCCGACGGACGCCGACAUCGUGGCGCACUACCUCCUCCCACGCGCCGUCGGGUUCCCCAACCCCCACGGGCACGCCAUCAUCGACGCCGACCCCUGCAGCUGCCCGCCGUGGGAGUUCAUGCGCCGCCACGGCCACGCCGACAGCGACCACGCCUUCUUCUUCGGGCGCCCGCGCGGCCCGGAGCCCCGGAAGAGGGCCGCCCGCGCCGUCGACCCCGGGGAGGACGGCGUCGGCGGCACGUGGGACGGGCAGAGGAGCGAGGCCACCCGCUUCGUCCUCUCCCGCGGCGGCGGGGCCGGCCCGGGCGCCGCCCGGCUGGAGGUCACGUACAAGCGCCACAGCCUGUCCUACUACCACGGGCCACAGAAGAGCAAAACCAGCGGCUGGGUCAUGCACGACUACCAGAUCGUCGACCCGCCGCACCUCUCCGGCACCGUCCUCUACCGCGUCAGGAUCACCGACAGGAGGAAGCAGCAGCAGCAGCAGCAGGAGGCCGACGCCGUCACCGUCGCCGGCCACCAGGUUGUCCCCCCGGGCCCAGACCAGCCGGGCCCGAGCAACUACUGCGAGGUCCAGGAGUACGGCGGUCUCGUGGGGGACACGGGUGGUUGCUACGCCGGCGGCGGCCGCGGCGGCAACAACAACUACUUGCACGACGGCGGUGUCAUAGGAGAGACGGGUGGCUACGACUAUGUCGGCGACGGCAGCAGCCACUACUUGAACCAGGACUUGAGCUGCUACAUGUACCACGGCGAUGGCAGCGGCGGCGACGAUGACUACUUUUUCAACGUCGGAGACGACAAUAGCUUUGAGUGUCCCGACGGCGGCAACGGAGGUUGA